AUGAAUCAAAGCUAUCCGGCUUUCGUCAGCUUCCAUUCACUGAGUAAUUGCUUUGGGUAUGCUAAACUGCUGACAGCCAUCAAUGCCACUAAUGAUUUGUCAUUGGUCAACGAGAAAUUCAAUGGCCCCACCUUGGGAAGUUUUCGAAUGAGAAGCUGCGAAAAUCCGAACAUCUACUGUGAUCUUCAACUAUUCGGACAAUUACCAUUCACCAAUGUUUUUGUGAAUUCCGUCUUCGCGGAGGUCUCCGGAUUUCAGGAACGACAGGAGGUGAUCCUUGAAAAAAUAGCCAACAAAACCUAUUGUUCCUACAUCGAGGUUGCUCCAAGGACCGUCGACGACUACUCUGUCAUUGCUCAAUCACAAGCUACUAUCGAGAAUGAGUUUCUGAAUCAAAUCCGGCUGGUGUCUCAAAACAUGAUUAUCCCUCAUUUCCUAAGCCCCGGAGUGUAUGUGCAGUUUCGGAUUUUGAAUAUCGUGCCGGCUACCAGUAAUCCUGUGAUCCUAACUAAUCAAACUGAGCUACACGUGCAAACAGUCACCGAAGGAUCUCAAUCUGAUGAGAAAGCAACUAUGGCCAAAAAAGUGUCAAGUAUUGUCCAAGACUUGAGUACCCAGGCAUUUUUGUCAAACUAUGUGAUACAACUAGAGAAGACACCAGUUGUUGGGAGAGUGCUGCCUAGAAAAAUUGUGGAAUCUUGGUUAAAGACAGAUGUGGAUAAAAUCGACAAAAAUACGUUAUACAUUUCAGGAAAAGAAAACUGCCCAUAUCCUGAAAAAGGCAUAGUGGAAAUCCGCUCUCUUGUUCGUAAUGAACAACAAGAAUCUUGUCAAUUCUUCUACCUACACCGAACCAACACAACGACUCUAAAGAAAAAUGAUGAUGUGCUGAACGAUUCAUUGGCCCAUAUGUUCGACUCACUGCAGCUCACCAACCGCUAUCAUUGUGUUGAUGGAAGCGGAAGUUUGGAGCCAUAUGUGAAUGUGAAAAUUUAUGAGGUUCCUGAGGAUCGAAUCUGCACACUGAGAUAUUGCGAUGUGAUGAUGGAGAAGGAAACCUUCCAAUGGAUUGAAGAGUUCGAAAUGACAAAUCUUGUAACACAGUCACUACACGCCAAAGUUCAAGCAAAACCAAUUCUUCUAUCUGUAGAAGGAACAGAACUUGAUGUUUCUCUAGAUGACAAAGCGAUCCGUGUGAAAGUACUUCCAAGUAUCAAAGGAUUAGUGAAGCGGGUCACCGAGAGCACAUGCUUUUUGUUGGAUAUAACUACGGAGAUGAUAUACAAGGUAGGCAAAAUCACGGAUCCUAAACAAAAACUCAGCGAAUCCGAAGCAUCUAAACGUCGUCGUCGACGUCCAGACGAUUCGGAAACUCUGGAAACUCCAAAAACCGAGCCAACCAACGGAACGAAUCACAUUGAGAACUUUGGUCUGGUACAAUCGGAAAAUUUUGUGCAAAUUGGAAGCCACUCAAAAAUGCUGUCAGAAUUGGACAAAGUUUGUCGCAACGAAAAACGACACGUGAUGGUGUUAGGAGGGAAUGGAUCCGGAAAAACUACAUUCAUCAAAAAGUUGGCGAGACGACUUUCCUAUAACUCAUCUGUUACAUUUUGCAAAUUGAUACCUUGUGCACUAUUGAAAGGAAGAUCUGCUGACAUUAUAGAAAAACUAUUAAACGACACUAUGACAGAGCUAGAGGUCAAAAAGCCAUCGUGUCUUUUUCUGGACGAUUUUGAUGUGAUCCUGCCACAAAUCGAUCAGGAACAAAGGCACCUGGCAAUGGAGAAAGUUGUGUCAGGUUAG